AUAUGGUUUUAAGUUCUUGAAUCCAUUCGACUCAGUUAGUAUUCAUCGUAGUUGCUUUGCUCAAAACAUGGGAUCGCCGGCGGAACCCCAACCAAGAAAGCUUCACGUAGUAUGCGUUCCGUACCCAUCGCAGGGCCAUGUUACCCCUAUGAUGCUACUGGCUAAGCUUCUCUACUCGGCAGGCUUCCAUGUCACCUUUGUCAACACCGACUAUAACCACAGACGCUUGCUCAGAUCCAGAGGAGUCGCCGCCAUGAUGGGCCUCCCCGGCUUCCAAUUCGAGGCCAUCCCCGAUGGGCUUCCCUUGUCUGACGCCGACGCCACCCAAGACGUCCCGGCGCUGUGCGACUCAACUAGGAAGAACUGCUUGGGCCCGUUCAGAGAACUUUUGUGCAGGCUUGGGUCAACGGCUGGAGCACAGGCAGUUACCGGCAUAGUGUCGGAUGGAGUGAUGAGCUUUGCCAUAGAGGCCGCGAAGGAAAUAAGGGUUGCAGAGGUUCAGUUUUGGACUGCUUCGGCUUGUUCUUUCAUGGGUUACCUCCAUUAUCGUGAACUCAUCAGCAGAGGCAUUUUCCCAUUUAAAGAUGAAAGCUUCAUGAUCGAUGGCACUCUUGAUACUCCUGUCGACUUGAUUCCAGGCAUGAGAAACAUCAGGCUCAAGGACCUGCCAAGCUUCCUUAGAACCACAGAUCCCAACUCGAUCAUGUUCGAUUUCAUGGGCGAGGAAGCCCAAAAUUGCCUGAAAGCUCCGACGAUCAUCUUCAACACUUUCGAUCAAUUGGAACAAGAAGUUUUAGACGCCAUCGCAACCAAGUUCCCUCACUUUUACACCAUUGGGCCACUUACCCUGUUGUGUAGGGAAGUAACGGAUAACCAAGUCAACUCACUCAAUCCCAGCUUGUGGAAGGAGGAUUCCAAAUGCCUUGAGUGGCUGGACCAAAGAGAGCCCAACUCAGUCGUGUACGUGAACUAUGGAAGCGUGGCAGUGAUGAGUGGGAAGAACUUGAGGGAAUUUGCAUGGGGGCUUGCAGAAAGCAACCGCCCAUUUUUUUGGGUUAUUAGGCCUGAUAUUGUGAUUGGUGAUGAUGAAUUAGCUGCUUUGCCCGAAGAAUUUUUCCAAGAAACUAAGGGAAGGGGGCUGCUAGUGAGUUGGUGCUGCCAAGUCCAAGUGCUUCGCCACCCUUCUAUUGGCGUCUUCUUAACUCAUUGUGGAUGGAAUUCUAUGGUGGAGUCCAUCGGCGAAGGUGUUCCCGUUAUCUGUUGGCCUUUUUUUGCUGAUCAACAGACAAAUUGUCGAUAUGCUUGCACCCACUGGGGUAUUGGAAUGGAGCUUGAUAAUGAGGUGACGCGAGAAGAAGUUGCAGGUAUUAUUAAGGAGAUGACUGAAGGAGAUCGAGGGAAGAAAAUGAGGAGGAACGCCGAGGAAUUGAAGGAGAAAGCAAUAGAGGCUAUUGGUUUUGGGGGAUCAUCUUACAGUAACUUUGAUAGGCUCGUGAAAGAACUAUCUGCUCAUUGUAUAGACUAAUUAAUAAGACCAUAAAUAAAUUGUUUCCCCCUGUACAAGGGUUUCACUAAUAGAUGAAUUCAAUGUAGCCCGUAGGAGGUAGAUCAUUUUGAGGGGUCGGGGUCACCUUAUUUAGAAUUGGAAUUAGCUCAAAAGAGUUGGCAGUGGUUU